AUCCUUGCAACUGCAAAUGAAGAAGCCGAAAACAAAGCAGCAGCGUCGGUCAUGUAAUAAAUUUGAUAUAAGACUAAAAAUAUGUUGUCGUUUGGGUCUACAUAUGUAUUAUCUAUGCGACAGCUUGCCAUAAAUAAGACAGCCGUGAAUUUGGCUUCGAUCCUGUUUCUGUCCAGUAUUGGGUCGCUGGUUUGUUUGGAAUGAAUCUCUACAAAAUGAAGACGAAUGGUUGCAAACCAAUUUCCAUUACUUGUAGACAUCUUGCUUUGGGAUGUCUAAAAGCAGGAUUACUGGGAGAAGGCUUGAAGACACUAGAUUUGGAUAAGAAUCUGAUGACAAGCAAAAGGGUAAGAAAUUCAACUCCGUGGUUGGAAACUAGCCUCUCAAUGAUUGAGAUAUUUGCAGAAAAGGGUGAUGUCAAGAAUGCUGAAAAAUUGCUUGAAGAGCUGAAAGAAGCCAAGUAUAUCAGUCUGAGGAUGUAUAAUUCAGUUGUGGACAAAUGCUUCAACGACUGGGUGGAUAACUUUACACGCUAAACUUUACAGAAGCAAGAGUAGGGAAACUGCGUCCAGCGCUGUGCUGAGAAGUUCUUGAAGCAUUUCUACGCGUGUGGGCACGAGGUUCGCUGAGCUCAAUGCACAAGCAGCAACACACGAUUAAAGCACAAAUGUACCUUUAAACAAACCUUGAUGAGAUUCAGAUUUUGGUUAUUGCUGUUGUUUACUAUGAUCUUUCAUUGACAUUUCACAUUUGAUGCCUGUGUAAUCCUUUAGAAGUUGAUUUAAUUCAAGUCUAAUAAAUCAAAUUUCCAACAAAAUUGGUUGUCCAUGUGGAAGUAACUUGAGAAGUUGUCCAUCUAGCCUUGAUUAUUUGCAAAGGACAAAGAAAAAUUGAUGAAGGGGCUCUAAAACUUUCGUAUUAUAUAUACAUACAUACAUAUAUAGUGGUUUGGCUUGUCAUCUCCAUUCUGGAAAUAUUGUUGAGAAUAAACUUGUACUUAAAAGCAAUGCAACGGGCUGAAAUACAUGUGAUCGUCAUAAACAGGAUAUCAUGAUCAGGAAAAUACAAUCCAAUACACGUUUUACAUUCUUGAAACAUGAAGUGCAAAACCAGCAAACGAAGCGUUUUUAAACACAUCACAUGCACGAUGAACUGCCUGCAAGUUGGAACAAGCAAAGAAAUAACUCACAGCCUUAAAAAUGCGGGAAUGGAUUGUCUUAUGCAGUCAUUCACAUCAAUAUUUUCAAUGAUUUGAUUUCUCCUUCUGAAACAUGGAACUUCACAUCCAAUUGCCACAUCCACAUCUUCAUAAUCCUACAAAUCAACAAAAGCUUAAAUU